GUGGAGGCGGCAGUAGUGGCGGCGGCGGUGGUAGUUGUCAUCGAUGCGGAGAAAGCGGACACUUUGCCAGAGAGUGUCCGAACUCGAGUGGCGGUGACCGCGGCGGACGUGGAGGUCGUGGCGGUAGAGGAGGCGGUGGUGGCAGAGGAAGGGGUUGUUUCCACUGCCAAGAAGAGGGCCACUUCUCCCGCGAGUGCCCCAAAAAGGACAGCUCUGGUGGUGGUGGCUAUCGAGGGCGCGGAGGGUUUAGGCAGAGGUCGUGGCCGAGGGGGCAGUUUUGGCGGCGGUGGUGGCUCUUCGUGGGGCUCCGACGACAAGAGCUCCGGUGGCGGCUCUAAUGACUGGGGAACCAGUGAUUGGGGAACUCCUUCCACUGAUUCCAAGCCCAAAGUGGACGAUUGGGGCACAACGACCACCACUCCCGCAAAGACUACCACUGCUGCAGCUGACGACGAUUGGGGCAAUUCUGGGACGACUACGACGACACCGGCUGCUAAGGCUGAGCCAGAGAUCAAUUGGGAAAGUGUCUUGUCGUCCAAUAGCGCCCCAAAGCCGGCCGCACCCGCACCGGCCACUGACGACGACGGCUGGAAUUAAUGGAUAUAUGAAUCGAGGGCUCAAUAAUGCGAUCAUUGCAUAGAUAUUACCAAUGAAAAUAUAAAUUGAUUUUUAUGUUUAUUGUAAAUAACUCUCCGUUUUGUGAGAGUCUCAUAUUACUGACACUUAUCGCCCAUUUCGCGACAAUUCGCUCAUUUAUUAAUCACUAUAAUUAUACCUAUCAUUCACAGCAUUAAUUCCAAAUAUUUUUAAUAAUUAUGACAAUAUCUACCUUUUCCCGAC